AUGAGUACCGACGCAGAGAUGGCUUCUUAUGGCAAAGCUGGUGUAUACCUCCGUAAACCUGAGAAGGAGAGGAUUGAGGCCCAAAGCCAGCCUUUCGAUGCAAAGAAUGCCUGCUAUGUGACCGAUGUUAAGGAGCUGUACCUCAAGGGUACCAUUGUUGGCAGAGAAGGGGGAAAGGUCCAAGUGAAAGUCCUUGACACUGGGGAGACUAAUGACUUCAAAGAAGCUGAUGUCUUCGAAAUGAACCCUCCAAAAUUUGACAUGAUUGAGGACAUGGCCAUGAUGACCUACCUCAAUGAAGCCACUGUCCUGUAUAAUCUCAAAGAGCGUUAUGCAGCAUGGAUGAUCUACACCUACUCUGGGCUCUUCUGUGCCACGGUGAAUCCCUACAAGUGGCUCCCUGUGUAUGACGAAGAGGUUGUUAACGCUUACAGAGGAAAGAAGCGCAUGGAGGCUCCACCCCAUAUCUUCUCUGUCUCUGACAGGGCCUAUCAGUUCAUGUUGACGGAUAGGGACAACCAGUCUAUCCUGAUUACCGGAGAAUCUGGUGCAGGAAAGACUGUCAACACCAAGCGUGUCAUCCAAUACUUUGCCACCAUUGCUGUGUCUGGAGGAGAAAGAAAGAGGGCGGCAGAACCCGGCAAAAUGCAGGGGUCUCUUGAAGAUCAGAUUAUUGCUGCCAAUCCUCUGCUGGAGGCUUACGGUAAUGCCAAGACAGUUCGGAACGACAACUCUUCUCGUUUUGGUAAAUUCAUCAGGAUUCACUUCCACAGUAAUGGCAAACUGUCUAGUGCUGACAUUGAGACCUACCUGCUGGAGAAGUCCAGAGUGACCUUCCAGCUGCCCGAUGAGAGAAGCUACCACAUAUUCUACCAGAUGAUGACCAACCACAAGCCUGAGCUGAUUGAAAUGACGCUCAUCACCACCAACCCCUACGACUUCCCCAUGAUCAGCCAGGGGCAGAUAAAAGUGGCCUCUAUCGAUGACAAAGAGGAGCUGGAUGCCACAGAUGCCGCCAUUGACAUCCUGGGCUUCACCAAUGAUGAGAAGAUAGGCAUCUACAAGCUGACCGGCGCUGUCAUGCACCACGGCAACUUACGUUUCAAGCAGAAGCAGCGUGAGGAGCAGGCCGAGCCAGACGGCACAGAGGUAGCUGAUAAAAUCGGUUACCUCUUGGGUCUGAACUCAGCUGACAUGCUGAAACUUCUGUGCUACCCCAGAGUGAAGGUUGGCAAUGAGUUUGUGACCAAGGGACAGACCGUGCCUCAGGUGUAUAACUCUGUGAGCGCUCUGGCCAAGUCCAUCUAUGAGCGGAUGUUCUUGUGGAUGGUCAUCCGUAUCAACCAGAUGUUGGACACCAAGCAACAAAGGAACUUCUACAUCGGUGUGCUCGACAUUGCUGGAUUUGAGAUCUUUGAUUUCAACACCAUGGAGCAGCUGUGUAUCAACUUCACCAAUGAGAAACUGCAACAGUUCUUCAACCAUCACAUGUUUGUCCUGGAGCAAGAGGAGUACAAGAAGGAGGGAAUCAUCUGGGAGUUCAUUGAUUUCGGUAUGGACUUGGCUGCCUGCAUUGAGCUUAUUGAGAAGCCAAUGGGCAUCUUCUCCAUCCUUGAAGAGGAGUGCAUGUUCCCCAAGGCUUCAGACACUUCCUUCAAGAACAAGCUGUAUGACCAGCAUAUGGGCAAGAAAAACACUUUCCAGAAGCCCAAGCCUGCCAAAGGAAAGGCUGAGGCCCACUUCUCCUUGGUGCACUACGCUGGUAUUGUGGACUACAACAUCUGUGGCUGGCUGGACAAGAAUAAGGACCCCCUGAAUGACUCAGUGGUGCAGCUCUACCAGAAGUCUUCAGUCAAACUGCUGGUUCUUAUCUACGUUGAUUCUCCAACUGAAGACAGAGCAUCCAAGAAGGGAGGCAAGAGAAAGGGAGGCUCCAUGCAGACAGUGUCUUCCCAGUUCAGGGAGAACUUGGGCAAGCUGAUGACCAACUUGAGGAGCACUCACCCUCACUUUGUGCGCUGUCUGAUCCCCAAUGAGUCAAAGACUCCAGGUCUAAUGGAGAACUUCCUGGUUAUCCACCAGCUAAGGUGUAACGGUGUACUGGAGGGUAUCAGGAUCUGUAGAAAGGGGUUCCCCAGCAGAAUCCCCUACGGUGACUUCAAGCAGAGGUACAAAGUACUGAAUCCCAGUGUUAUCCCAGAAGGAACAUUUAUGGACAACAAGAAGGCUUCUGAGAAUCUGCUUGGGUCAAUCAAUGUGGCGCACGAGCAGUACAAGUUUGGACACACCAAGGUGUUCUUCAAAGCUGGUCUGCUGGGUGUCCUGGAGGAGAUGCGAGACGAGAGACUGGCCUCUCUGGUCUGCAUGAUACAGUCUCUGUGUCGUGGGUUCGCCAUGAGGAAGGAGUUUGUGAAGAUGAUGGAGCGGAGGGAGGCUGUCUUCACCAUCAAAUACAACAUUCGCUCAUUCAUGAAUGUUAAACACUGGCCAUGGAUGAAGGUGUAUUACAAGAUCAAGCCACUGCUGAAGAGUGCUGAGACUGAGAAGGAGCUAGCCAACAUGAAGGAGGACAUUGAGAAGUGCAAAAUCGCCCUGACCAAGGCUGAGGCGCGCAAGACAGAGCUUGAGGAGAAGAUGGUGACCGUUCUGCAGGAGAGGAAUGACCUGACACUCCAAGUUGCAUCUGAAUCAGAGAAUCUGACUGAUGCUGAGGAGAGGUGCGAGGGACUGAUCAAGAGCAAGAUCCAGCUGGAGGCCAAACUCAAAGAGACGACCGAAAGGCUGGAGGAUGAGGAGGAGAUGAAUGCUGAGCUGACCUCCAAGAAGAGGAAGCUGGAGGAUGAGUGUUUGGAGUUGAAGAAGGACAUUGAUGACCUGGAGCUCACCCUUGCCAAAGUGGAGAAGGAGAAACACGCCACUGAAAACAAGGUCAAAAAUCUGACUGAGGAGAUGGCCUCUCAAGAUGAGAGCGUUGCCAAGCUGACCAAGGAGAAGAAAGCCCUCCAAGAGGCCCAACAGCUGACACUGGACGACCUGCAGGCAGAGGAGGACAAAGUCAACACUCUGACCAAGGCCAAGGCCAAGCUGGAACAGCAAGUUGAUGACCUUGAGGCUUCUCUGGAGCAAGAGAAGAGGCUCCGUAUGGACUUUGAGAGAGCCAAGAGAAAGCUGGAGGGAGACCUGAAACUAGCCCAGGAAUCCAUAAUGGACCUGGAGAAUGAUAAGCAGCAGUCUGAAGAAAAGAUCAAAAAGAAGGACUUUGAGACCAGCCAGCUCCUCAGCAUGAUUGAGGAUGAGCAGUCUCUGGGUGGUCAGCUGCAGAAGAAAAUCAAGGAACUCCAGGCUCGUAUUGAGGAGAUGGAGGAGGAUAUUGAGGCUGAGCAUUCUGCCAGGGCAAAGGUUGAGAAGCAGAGGGCCGAUCUCUCCAGGGAACUUGAGGAGAUCAGUGAUAGGCUGGAGGAAGCUGGAGGAGCCACUGCUGCUCAGAUCGAGAUGAACAAGAAGCGCGAGGCUGAGUUCCAGAAACUGAGACGCGACCUCGAGGAGUCGACCCUGCAGCACGAGGCCACAGCCGCAGUCCUGAGGAAGAAGCAGGCUGACAGUGUGGCGGAGCUCGGAGAGCAGAUCGACAACCUGCAGCGCGUUAAGCAGAAACUGGAGAAGGAGAAGAGUGAGUACAAGAUGGAGAUCGAUGACCUCUCCAGCAACUUGGAGGCUGUCACCAAGACUAAGGGCAAUCUGGAGAAGAUGUGCCGUACUAUUGAGGAUCAGCUGAGUGAGCUCAAGACUGGGAACGAUGAGAACCUUCGCCAGAUCAACGACAUCAGUGGACAUAGGGCCAGACUCCUGACUGAGAACGGUGAGUUUGGACGCCAGCUGGAAGAGAAGGGAGCUCUGGUGUUUCAGCUGACCAGAGGCAAGCAGGCCUUUACACAGCAGGUGGAGGAGCUAAAGAGGCAGAUUGAGGAGGAGGUCAAAGCUAAGAAUUCCCUGGCCCAUGGUGUCCAGUCUGCCCGCCAUGACUGUGACCUUCUGAGGGAGCAGUUUGAGUUGGAGCAAGAGGCCAAGGCAGAACUGCAACGCUGCAUGUCUAAGGCCAACAGCGAGGUGGCUCAGUGGAGGACCAAGUAUGAGACAGAUGCCAUCCAGCGCACAGAGGAGCUUGAGGAGGCCAAGAAGAAGCUGGCGCAGCGUCUGCAGGACGCUGAGGAAAUGAUUGAGGCAACCAACUCAAAGUGUGCUUCGCUGGAGAAGACCAAGCAAAGGCUGCUGGGAGAGGUGGAGGACAUCAUGAUUGAUGUAGAGAGGGCCAACGCUAUGGCUGGCAACCUUGAUAAGAAGCAGAGGAACUUCGACAAGGUUCUGGCUGAGUGGAAGCAGAAGUAUGAGGUGGGCCAGGCUGAACUGGAAGGAGCUCAGAAGGAGGCUCGUUCUAUGAGCACAGAGCUCUUCAAGAUGAAGAACUCCUAUGAGGAGGCUCUGGAUCUGCUGGAGACUCUGAAGAGAGAGAACAAGAACCUCCAACAAGAGAUCUCUGACCUGACUGAACAGAUCGGAGAGACAAGCAAGAGCAUCCAUGAGCUGGAAAAGGCCAAGAAGACUGUGGAGAUGGAGAAUUCUGAGAUCCAGACCGCUCUGGAGGAGGCUGAAGGAACACUGGAGCACGAGGAAUCCAAGAUUCUGCGUGUGCAGCUGGAGCUGAACCAGAUCAAGGGUGAGGUGGACAGGAAGCCAGAAAUGCAGAAGAGAAGGCCAAGAAGGCCAUCACUGAUGUGA